AUGAACACUCUCGGAAAUAUUGCAGCCCUCGCCCUCAUCGGCUUUGUCAGUGCCCAAGACACUGUCGGAUUUGGACCUGCCUUCUCUCUCGGCCCUACACAGUCAUGGAUCCGCGAAGCCAACACCACACUGGUCCUUCCCGAAACCCCAAGCCCCCAGAAAGACCGUCUCGCCCUGUGGCCUGGCAUGGGGACAAGUGGUGGUGACUUGAUCCAGGCUCUCGCUGUUUCUUUCUCCGACCCUAAUGCUAAUUGUGGAGCGACAUCCGGGCAAUGGUGCACCUGGGCUAGUACUCUUCAAGGAGAGCAGCUCGGUGGGAAGCAGGUCCCUGCUUCUGCCGGUGAUGAGCUCACAAUGCACUACAAGUACAACGAUGACACCGGCAAAUAUGACCAAACGGUCUACAUCAACGGGGAGAGCGUUUCUACUCUUUCGACUAGCUCUGGACAAGCUCAGGGUUGGGGCACUGCUGUCGAGUGCCAGGAUGAUGCAUGCCAAAGCACCACUGCAGCACAUGAAUACCUUGACACCACUAUCAUCUUGAAUGCUGCUGACUCUACCUUUGCUGGUACCUUGGGUCUCAAUGAAGCCACCUCGUCCGGUCUGAAAACAACUGAUAACAAGGUCUACACUGUGUCGAGCAUCAAGAUCCAAUCUCACACUUAUAACCUGUGA